AUGACCGAAGAAGAACAAGGUGUACCAGCAGUAUUGAACCGUGAUGAAGAUAAACCUCCUCCAUCCAUCAACGAUCAAGAUGUGAAUCACUCAUCGUUGAAGAACAACAGUCAUGAUUCACCCAAUGAAUCCAUACCACAUAAUGACCAUUCAAUAUUAUCGAAUCAUCAAUUAGAAUCAAAUUUAGAGGAAAAUCUCAUUGAAAUAUCUUGUGUUAAAAUGAUUCCGAAUAGUGCUAGUAGUAGUAGUAGCAGUAAUACUAAUAAUUUUAACAGUACUGUUCAAUCAAAGAACUUUAUUCCAAUUCAAUUAGAAAGAAAUUCUCAUAGUCUCAUUUAUAGAAAUCAGAAAUUUCAAGCAGAAUUGGAUGUUGAUUUUUUAAAAUUAUUUGGUAGUAGUCAUACUGGUCGAGGUAGUAGUCACACUGGUAGUAGUAGUAGUAGUAGUAGUAAUAGUAGUGGUAGUGGUACUCAUAGCAACAGUAAUAAUAAUCGAUUCAAAUCUUCCACCACUCAUCCAUCUGCAGCAGUAUUAACCAUUGCAUUAGAACAUGUAUUUGCUAUUCAUCAAAAACAUUCUCUCAUGUUUUCAGUAUUUACAUUUCAACCCAAAGACUCUAAAAAGAUUGUCUAUCAUUUUGAAACCUCUUCGAUUGAAGAAACUUGUGAAUGGAUUCAUUCAUUAAGAUGUAAUACUUUUAAAUUACAUGAUCCAACAUGUUCAAUGAAUGAUGUCAAUACCAUUAAUAAUAAUACUCUAUCAAAUACCUAUAAUGACAUCCAUACACCUAUCAAUAAUAAUAAUACCAAUAACACCAACACCAAUAACACCACCAAUAACACCAACACCACCAACACAGGUAACACAAAUAAUAAUACCAAUGAUAAUAAUAAUAAUACCAAUAAUAAUAAUAAUACCAAUAACACCAAUAAUAAUAAUACCAAUAACAAUAACACCAAUACCAAUAACAACACCAAUAAUAACAAUAAUAACACCACCAAUAACACCACCACAUCAUUUGGAUCUCAUCGUCAAGUACUCAUCUUUUUAAAUCCAUUCAGUGGUAAAAAACAAGGUCUCAAACUCUUUGAAAAACAUGUCAAACCUAUUUUAGAUGUUUCACACCUAUCCUAUGUAGUGAUUAAAACUGAGAGAGCUCAUCAUGCUCUCGAGUAUUGUGCUACUGCACAAGAUCUUUCUCAAUACACAGAUAUUAUUGGAAUGGGUGGAGAUGGAAUUAUCUUUGAAAUUAUUAAUGGAAUUGGAAAGAGAUUGGAUUGGAAACAAGUCUUUCAAUCGAUUCGAAUUGGACACAUUCCAGGUGGUACGAGUAAUGCAUUGGCAGUGAGUGCUGGAUCUCAACUCAAAUCAGGAAAACCUGCAAGUCCUGAAAUGGCUGCAUUUAUUGUAGCAAGAGGAUUCUAUCAACCCAUGGAUUUAGAAUCAUGUUUUCAAGCACCUAACAAACAUUAUCUUUCUUUUUUAAGUAUUACAUGGUCAGCCAUAGCAGAUGUAGAUAUUGGUACUGAAAAUAUGAGAUGGCUUGGAGGUGCUCGUAACACGGUUGGAGCUCUGAAACAAAUUCUCACAAAGAAAUCUUAUCGUGGAAAAUUGAAAUAUUUACAUCCAAGUGGUGAAGAGUCAUCUUUUACAACAUCACAACGAUCCAAUUCUGUACCUAAUAUUAAAUUGAAUCAACAACGAUAUUCUUCAUACAACAACUACAAGAAGAAGAACAACAACUACAAGAAGAACAAUGAUCAUCACACAUGCAUGACCAAUGAAAAGAUUCAAUGUCCUCUCUUGGAACAAUAUUUUCAUCAAGAUUUCAAAGCCAUUGCACCUGAUUAUUGUAAUGGUAAUGGACUAGUGAAUGAACAGAACAUGGUCAACAUGGAUACCACAAAUUCUACUGUCAAUCAUGAAAAUUCAAUAUCUAGCUCAUUAACACUCACAGAAAUUGAAGACAAAUUUAGUUUAUUUGUUGCAGCGAAUAUUUCUCAUUUAUCUUAUGAUUUUAUUGCUUCUCCAAUGGCUCAUCAUCAUGAUGGUUAUAUUGAUUUAGUGUAUGUCAAGGACAAUAUUAGUAGAGGUGAUUUUUUAAAUAUAUUUUUAGCUGCAGAGAAGGGAGAUCAUGUGUUUGAUAAGGCAGUCGAUGUUUCAAAGGUGAAGGCAUUUAAAUUAAGUCCCAUUGACACUGGUUCCUAUGUGGUCGUGGAUGGCGAGGCAGUGGAUUAUGGUGAUAUUCUUGUUGAAGUUCAUCCUUCCAUGUGUAAUUUAUUGACUCUUUAG